AGUCUGUCAGAGUGUCAUUCUCACUGCAGUCCAGACAAGUCUCUGUUUCUCUCUGAAAGAAAGAUCAAACUGACUUCAUCAGGUCUUUGUCAACAACACAGCAGAGUCUCUGCCAAACACUGAUAUGGCUGCUGCAAACUAUCUGCCAUAUGAAGAUCAGUUCCUGUGCUCCAUCUGUCUGGAUGUGUUCACUGAUCCUGUCAGCACACCGUGUGGACACAACUUCUGCAAAACCUGCAUCAACACACACUGGAAUAAUAAUGACCAUUACCUGUGUCCCAUGUGUAAAGAAACUUUUACCACAAGACCACAGCUGAGGGUCAAUACUUUCAUCACUGAGAUGGUUGUUCAGUUCAGACAGUCAGCUCAACAGAAAGCCAGCAUCAGCAGCUCAGAGCAACAAGUGUCUGAACCAGGAGAAGUUCCCUGUGACGUCUGCACUGGAACCAAACUGAAGGCCCUGAAGUCCUGCCUGGUGUGUCUGGUCUCCUACUGUGAGACUCACCUGGAGCCUCAUCUGACAGCUUCACGUCUGAAAAGACAUCAGCUGAUCAACGCUGUGGAGAACCUGGAAGGCAGGAUGUGUACGAAGCACGAUAAACCUCUGGAGCUGUUCUGUAAGACCGACCAGACGUGUGUCUGCAUGCUCUGCACUGUUUUAGACCACAAGAUGCAUGAUGUUGUUCCUCUGAAAGAAGGAUAUGAAGAAAAGAAGGCUGAGCUGGAGACUGAAAUUCAGCAGAUGAUCCAGAAGAGACGAAGGAAGAUUCAGGAGAUCGAACACUCAGUCAACCUCAGUAAGAAAGAUGCAGACAGAGAGAUAUCAGAAGGAGUUCAGGUCUUCACUGCUCUGAAGGAGUCUGUUGAGAGAGGCCAAGCCAAUUUCAUCAAAACCAUCAAAGAGAAGCAGAAAACAACACAGAAACAGGCUGAAGGCUUCAUCAAAGAGCUGGAACAGGAAAUCUCUGAGCUGAAGAAGAGAAGCACUGAGGUGGAGCAGCUCUCACGCUCUGAAGACCACCUCCAUCUCCUCCAGAGUGUGCAGUCCCUAAACACCCACCACCCAACACCCACCAAGGACUGGACAGAGGUCAGCGUCUGUCCAUCAUCAUAUGAGGGGACUGUGGUGAGAGCUGUGGCUCAGCUGGAGGAGACAUUUAGUGAAGAGAUGAAGAAGCUGCUUGAAGCUGAGCUGAAGAGGGUCCAGCAGUAUGCAGUGGAUGUGACUCUUGAUCCUAAUACAGCCAAUCCUAAACUGAUCCUGUCUCAUGGUGGGAAACAGGUGAGACAUGGGAAUAUGAAGAAGAAUCUUCCAGACUAUCCAGAGAGAUUUUCUGAUUGUUCCUGUGUUUUAGGAAAGCAGAGUUUCUCUUCAGGCAGAUUUUAUUUUGAGGUUCAAGUUAAAGGAAAGACUGAAUGGGACUUAGGAGUGGCCAGAGAGUCAAUUGACAGGAAGGGAAAAAUCCUACUGAGCCCUGUUUAUGGUAACUGGACUAUAUGGUUGAGAAAUGGAAAUGAAUAUGAAGCUCUUGAUAACCCUUCAGUCCGUCUCUCUCUGAAGUCUCCUCCUCAGAAGGUGGGGGUCUUUGUGGAUUAUGAGGAGGGUCUGGUCUCCUUUUAUGAUGUUGAUGCUGUAGCUCUUAUCUACUCCUUUACUGGCUGCUCCUUCACUGAGAAACUCUUCCCAUACUUCGGUCCCUGUUUUAAUGAUCGUGGUAAAAACUCUGCACCUCUGAUCAUCUCUCCUGUCAUAGCAAAGUAAUCAAAUCACUUAUUUGAUGUUCUGAUUUAUUUCUAGUCGGGAACAAAUGUGUACUGUAAAUACUGUCUAUUUAAACCUCUGUUAAACCCAAAUACAUUUAUUUUACUUCUGGAAGAAAUCACAAUUUCUAAAAACACCAAUGAUCUCAAGCUGAAGUUUGAGUAUAUUAGCAAAGAAAUGCUGCAAGAUAUCAAUGUUUUUUUAUGUUUCAUUCUGAUAAGCAGCCAGAAAAAACAAGACUUUUUCAUAUAGCUUUAGUUUAUAUUUGUAGUGCCUAAGAAUACUAUACAGUAAUAUUGUUAUAUCCGACAUAAAGUUAAUAUUAACAGAUGACUAAUGGAAAAGACAGCUAACAGAAAUGUCUAUUUCAUCAGAAAAGUGAGUUGGUAAAUGGUAACUUUGGUGAAUUUUGUUUAAUAUACAGAUCACCUCCAUCAAAAUAAAAUAUAUAUUUUUUCGAAUUCCUGGUCAUUAAAAAAAUAUAUAAUUAAAAUAUUUUGGGUUUUUGUUUAUUUGCAGUUGAAGUUUCAAUUUUUAUCAGGUUAUUUUGGAUAACUCCUCUUCUGUUAGAACCUGGUUUAAAUAACUUAGCUUUGGGGGACAGACUGUGGCUGUAUCCCAAUGUCAAGGAUCCUUCCUUCAGAGUCGGGUCCUCCGGAGGCGAGGCCAGAAUCCUUCCUGUCAC